AAAUUUGCAAGGAUAGACUAUGUCUUUGAUUCAUAAGACGUCCAAAGAGCUUAAUGAAACAUCUUAUAAAAAAAAUAAGCUCAUUGGUAUUAUUUAAUCUAACUCAGAAAUAACUUAGAUUGACGAAAAAGUAAAUUCAUAAUCUAACUUACUUUAUAGAUACUAAAAUAUAAAAACAAAAAAUAUAUAAUACAAAAAUAACUACAGCCCAAAUAGUAAAUAUAACAAUAAAUCCUUAGUUUUAAAUAAUUCAACUUUAAUAUUGUUGACAGAGAAAUGUUAAAUAGAAUCAAUUAUGAAGGCUCCUUAUAUAUAGAGUACUUAAAAAUAUUACUGAAUUGAAAAUAAUAAUAAUAAACGAAUUCUAUUAGUAGGAGGGGAUACAUGGUGCGAAAGUUUUAUCUAGCAAUACCGAUAUGUAGAAAUAUUUUUUUCAAAGAUUUACAUUGAAAAUAGUAAAUUCUUAAAGUUAAGAAAUAAGAAAAUUCAAUGACUUUUGUAAUCAGCAUGUUAGAAAUA